AUGGACAUGGACCACACUCUUAAUGAGCAACCAAGACUGGUUUUCUUACCCUUAAAGGUGAUAUGCAGAUUUGAUGGCAAGAAACCAGAUACCCUAGGACCCAAUGCUCAGCUGUACAAAUGGAUCUCUCAGAAUGACCUUCUCAGUCAUCCAAAAACCAAAGCUUUUAUAACUUAUGGUGGAACAAAUGGCAUCUAUGAGGCGAUCUACCAUUGGGUCCCUAUGGUGGGCAUUCCUCUGUUUUAUGAUCAACCAGAUAACAUCGUUCACAUGAAGACCAAGGAAGCAGCUCUUAAAUUGGAUUUCAUCACAAUGACAAGUACAGAUUUGCUCAAUGCAUUGAAGACCGUGAUUGAUGAUCGUAGCUACAAAGAGAACACCAUGAGGUUAUCAAGAAUUCACCAUGACCACCCAGUGAAGCCUCUGGAUUGGGCAGUCUUCUGGAUCUAGUUUGUCAUGCACCACAAAGGUGCCAAGCACCUUCAGGUUGCAGCCCAUGACCUGUCCUUGUUCCAGUACCACUCUUUGGAUGUGACUGGGCUCCUGCUGGCCUGUGUGGCCACUGUGAUGUUCAUUCUCACUAAAUGUUGUCUAUAUUAUUGCCAAAAAUUUACAAAAACUGGAAAGAAGAAAAAAAGGGGGUAGUUGUAUCUGUGCCUGAAGUUUGC